GAGUGCCGUGUUUCCAGCUUCCGGCAUGUCUCCUGAAUUGCUGCAAAUCGCUGUGUAUGUUUCAGUACAAUCCCUGUGUCUCGUUCUUGCGAUAGUAAGCUCUGACCGCAUCUGAGGUAGGGCUGCUUCUCAAGUUUGUACCUUCAUUUUAGGUCAUCUCCAGCCCCCAAUUCGCAAACAGGUGCUGGCAUUGUUCAUACUGUUUUAGGCAAAGAAGAGCCCCAGCAACAAGGCCAGAAUCCUGACACCUCUGGCUGCUGAAUCGAAACAAUCGUGAGAAAAUGUCAUCGAUCCAACUGGUGGAGCCAGAAGGGCGACCAUGGACUGGAAUUGUCUCCAAAGGGAUCCGGAUUCUAGAACCCUUCGGCCUUGUUGGAUAGAGGAAUCCCCAAGCCGUCACCUAGCAACAAGACAGAAUGUGAUGGUAGAAAAAAAUUCUACUGGAACACCAACGAGCAGCAAGUACCAAGAGCCCCCCCCCUCGGCCAAGGCACGGAAGGCCAUGCAUUUGGGAUCCUCUGAGUAGGUGUAAGAUGAAACCGUGUGCUUGUGCAAGAAAGCAGGAAAAGGCAAGCCUCAAAAUGAAGAGGAGGUGGUAAGCCGUCUCUCCUUCAGAUAUACUGUACGUCAGUCAGUGCACCCCGCCGCUCUGUCUCCUUGCAAGGCGGCAGAUGGCUUCCAGGUCAACCAACAUGCCAGACGACUUCAGCAUCUAUUGCCUUCUCAAGGGAGUCCUUCCCUUGGAGGCACCAGAGGAGCCCAUGGAUGAAUUGAGAGAGGAGACAAACCCACAGUACCAAGGCCUUACCGGCCUGCGAAACCUUGGCAACACGUGUUACAUGAAUGCCGUGAUCCAGUGCCUCUGCAGCGUGUCGCCCCUGGUGGAGUACUUCCUGUCUGGAAAGUACGUGGCCUCUCUCAGCAAGGAAAAUGGCGAGAUCGCAACAGCUUUUGCGUAUUUGAUGAAUGACAUGUGGCUCGGGGACUUUGACUGCGUAUCGCCGGAGGUGUUUCGAUUGGUCAUUGGUGAACGAUACCCUGCCUUCAUCAAGAAGACCCAGCAGGAUGCCCAGGAAUUUCUGAUUUAUGUCUUCAAUGAGCUGCACGAAGCCCUCAAGAAGACAAGCAGGAGGAGAAACCCCGGGACCUCGUCUACUGCUUGGGAAUCCCGGAGUUGUGUCACCGAGUCCUCCAUCAUCACCCGGCUUUUUGAAGGACAUCUUAGUUACGACAUCAUGUGUUUGGAAUGUCAAACCACCACUUACAAAAACGAGAUCUUCACCGUCUUGUCGCUUCCCAUCCCUUAUGAAACGGAAUGCUCGCUGGAGGAAUGCCUGGACUGCUUCUUCCAGCAAGAUAUGCUGACGUGGAACAACCAGAUCAACUGCUCCUCUUGUGAAAGGAAGACCGAUGCGGCCGUGAAAGCCAGUAUUGCCAGGGCCCCAAAGAUGGUGAUCUUCCAUCUCAAGAGGUUUGACUGUCAAGGCAGUUACAAAAAGAAGUUGACCACUGACAUCUACUAUCCAAUAAAUAACCUGGAUUUGUCUCCUUACAUAUAUCCGCUCUUUCGGAAGAAUCCCAAAUACAGCUUGUUUGCUGUGACGAACCAUUUUGGAGAUCUAGAUGGUGGCCACUACACGGCGUUCUGCAAACACACGCUCACUCAAAGCUGGUACAACUUUGACGACUCUCAGAUCAGCGAGAUUCCUGAAUCCGCGGUGCAGACGUCUGCAGCUUAUCUCCUGUUCUACAGCAGUCAAACUUUCUCUGUGCCUGUAAAAAACUAAAACGGCUAGGGAAACCCUGACGACCGAUAAGCAGGAAGUGGCGACACAGCGGAAAAUGUUCGCAGUGUGUCCAAGCUGGAUUUCCUCUCCCAAGGCGAACGGCUGCGUUCCCUCACAUGUUACUUGGACUCUGUGUAGUACGUGAUUGAGCAACUGGUCUCUGCAUAGCAUAGUUCUUGGUUCAAAAGAUGAUCGUGAACACCUUUUCAGUAAGCUUCCUCAGAAUGUAGCUCAUCUCAAGGUAAAUAAAUUCUUCUCAGGCAGCCGGACGUAGAGUGGUUCUUGUUAGAAAACCCAAGAUAAACGAUGCCUGCUUCUUCUAAUUUAACUUCAUAUGGGUUACAUGCGGUGAACAUUGCGUUACAAGAAAGGGGGAAGAAUGAGAGAGCCGUUGGUAUCGGAUGGCAUCCACGUUAUCUGUCUCUUUCUACCAGUUUGUAUGCAAAUUCUCUGUGUGUGUGUGUGUACAUAUAAGUGUUUGUAGCUGAAUGUCAGUACAUAUGCAGGCAGGUUUUGUGUGUAUGUCUCUAUAAAAGAAAUACAUGCAUAUCCUUGUAUACCAUUCACACAUGUAUAUAAAAUACUGUCUGUAUACAUAUGUCUGUAGAUCAGGUAUUAAAAUACAUAUACCUAGGUAAAACCAUGUACAACGAUGUGUUCUAU